AUGCGCAUCAUCAAGCCCUCGUGGCUUAGCCAUAGCGGCGAGCAGAAGGAUUUCGAGGUCUACAGCUGCCACGUCUCGCCCGAUGGCAAGCGAAUAGCCACGGCGGGCGGCGACGGCCAUGUGCGCAUCUGGUCGACCGAGGCCGUCUAUCACGCCGACGACGAGAGCUACAAGAAGCCUCGCCAGCUCUGCCACAUGAGCCACCAUCUCGGCACCAUCCACUCGGUGCGCUUCUCGCCCAAUGGCCGGUAUCUGGCCAGCGGCGCCGAUGAUAAGAUCAUCUGCGUCUACCACCUGGACAAGGGGCCGCCCGCGCCCACGUUCGGCACCAACGACCCGCCGCCCGUCGAGAAUUGGAAGACGUACAAGCGCCUGAUCGGCCACGAGAACGACGUCCAGGACCUGGCCUGGUCCUACGACUCGUCGCUGCUGGUGUCCGUCGGGCUCGACUCCAAGGUCGUUGUGUGGUCGGGCCACACGUUUGAGAAGCUCAAGUCGAUUCCCGCGCACCAGAGCCACGUCAAGGGCAUCACGUUUGACCCGGCCAACAAGUUCUUCGCCACGGCCAGCGACGACCGAACCAUCAAAAUCUUCCGCUUCACUCCUCCCGCGCCGAAUGCGACGCAGCACGACAUGAUUAACAAUUUUGUCCUCGAUGCGACCAUCAGCUCCCCCUUCAAGAGCUCUCCCUUGACCACAUAUUUCCGCCGGUGCUCCUGGUCCCCUGACGGCAACCACAUAGCAGCCGCCAAUGCAGUGAAUGGCCCUGUUAGCUCCGUCGCCAUUAUCGAGCGGACGAGAUGGGACAGCGAGAUCAACCUGAUUGGGCACGAGGCACCGACUGAGGUGUGCAUGUUCUCGCCGCGACUGUUCCACACGGUCAAGCCUGGGCAGAAUGGGGCGGCAAAUGGUCAUGGGGGACAGCUGGUUACUGUUAUAGCAUCUGCAGGCCAGGAUAAGACUCUCAGUAUCUGGAACACCAACACUUCCCGGCCUGUAGUCAUUCUCCAGGACCUAGCGGCCAAAUCCAUCUCUGACUUGGCCUGGACGCCGGAUGGUCAGACCCUGUUUGCAUCCAGCUUGGACGGCAGCGUGGUUGUGGCCAAGUUUGACGAGGGCGAGCUGGGAUGGGUGGCCCAACAGGAGGAGAACGCCAAGGCACUACAGAAAUACGGUGGCUCUCGAAAGGGCAUGGGCAUUGCUGAAGAUGUAGAUGGACUAAUGCUGGAAGAACACAGUAAAGCCGGCGAAUCUAGAGCGGUGCAAUCAAGAAUGGGCGCUCUUAUGGGCGACUUCCAGCCCGAAUCAGCAAAAGAAUCUACCCCAGCCACCCAGGGUAGUAAAGCUGAAUCUUCUACAUCGGUGACCGAGAAGCUGGCUACCAAUGGAAACGCAGACUCUGACAGGGAUAAAGAAAAGGAAAAGGACAAGGAGAAGAGUGAAAAGCCAGAAGAGCCAGCAGACAAGACGGCUGAACGGGUCCGUGAAUUGAAGUCCCGAGUGACUGUCGGGAAAGAUGGAAGAAAACGAGUGGCGCCGCUCCUGGUUUCGUCAUCUGGGACAGGACAGUCUUCCCUUCCUCAAAGCCAGCUUGUUGGUUCAACGACGACAAAGAAUACACAAAACGACGCUCCGCAGACGAUACUCGAUCUUAGCAAGCCUUUUGACGGAUUGCCAAAGGGAGGCAUUGUGGCCAUGUUGCUUGGAAAUAAACGCCGCGUUAAUAACGCUGACAUUGACGACGACGAAGAGCCUGCGGCCAAGCGGGCAGCGGGCGGUCCUACACCCGUUGUGACUAAUGGAGCUGAUGGUGUAGAGUAUGCGGCACUGGUGCCCGUCGAGCAUGGUGUUGUUCCGACCCCAGAAUUUUUGCGCCCGGCUGUGCUAAACCCUUCUAUUUCUUACGCCCAAGUCCGCCUUGCAGUUCCCAAGAUACGAUCUCACAUCCUGCGGCCGCUCGAGCGAGGCAUUCUGCAACCGGAUGCGGCAUCACUAGACGACGCAUCAAAGCUUCCCGAGAACAUCAUCCUAGAGGCCAAAAACGACCCCAACCCGCGUGAUCCAGCCCACGUCCUUGUAACGAAGAGGGGAGUCUUGGUAUGGCAAGAAUUCAUGCCUCGAGCCGUCAUCCUAGUGACUGCAAGCAAGCAUUUCUGGGCCGUAGCUUGUGAGGAUGGCUCACUGCACGUCUGGACGCCCGCCGGCAGACGUCUUCUAAAUCCCAUCAUCUUGGAGUCCCAGCCUGUCAUUCUCGAAUGCAGAGAUUACUGGCUGAUGGCCAUUACAGCGGUGGGCCUGGUCCAUGUUUGGGACCUCAAGACUCAGUCAUCCCCUCACCCGCCCGUGUCUGUCGGCCCUAUCCUUGACAUUGCCACGACAUCGUUAAACCAGCAUUCAGCCACGCCUGGUCCCGGCGUAACGUCUGCUCACCUCAAUUCCACCGGCCAUAUCAUCGUGACCCUGACUAACGGCGAUGGCUACUUUUAUGCUCGGGACAUGUACACUUGGCAGCGACUAAGCGAAGCAUGGUGGGCUGUCGGCUCACAGUACUGGAACUCAAACGACUCAUCCAUCUCGGCCCUUCAGUCCACAGCUGUUGGGCCCAACUCAAAGGAAGACAAGGACAAGGGCAGCCAUGCCGCCACCGUAUCUUCCGGAAUCAUCCCCUUCCUUGAACGACACACGACCAACGAGUUCCUUCUCAAGGGGAGAGCCUAUGCUUUACAGCGUAUCAUCAAGACGGUCAUGCAAAAGUCUGGGUCCGAGGGGCUGGAGAGCAGCGUCAGCAUCGCCCACCUGGAGAAUCGGAUUGCUGGUGCCCUGCAACUGGGAGCAAGCGACGAGUUCAGGCUGUACCUGUUCAUGUACGCCAAGCGCCUGGGUGCUGAGGGGGCUAGGGGUAAAGUAGAGGAGCUUCUCAACAGCUUGCUGGGUGGCGUGCUCGAAGAGAAGGAGUCUGAGAAGAUGGAGAGCCGUGGUUGGUACAGCUCGGAUGAGCAGCUAUGCGGGUGGGACCGGAAAGAACUCUUGAAGGGAGUAGUUCUUAUCCUCGGCAAAUUCCGCGAGUUGCAGCGUGUCACGGCCCAAUACGCAAGACUGAUAGACUUGAACCUGGACAACGUCUCUGCAGACGCCGACUCCAUGGACGUGGAGGCAUAG